AUGCUCAAGUAUCUAACGCACAAGCUCCGCACACAAUCAAUCAACGAUGAGAAUCAAGUCAAUGAGAAGAUUGACGGUCACGACUCAGGCACCGAGUCGGACGGUGACCUGGAGCAGGAAGACGACCUGAUACAGGAGCACGAGAUGGAGCUAAGUUUAAGUUCCCGGCAGGACACGGUUUCGCCGACUGAUACAGCCUGUUCCUCCGAGUCGCCCGCAUUUCUCGGUCCGUCCUCGUCGCACCUCCUGCUGUACGAUCAGAACAGCUCCGAGGAGGAGCUGGAGGUGAUCAAUGGCAGUGCGGGCGAUGUGGGCAGCUGUGCCAUCGAGGUGGGGAGUGUCAGUGGUGUGCCUAGCCGAUUGAGUGGAGGAGUUAUUGCCGGUAUACUACCCAUCAUGGCACCUCACGUCGAUGAUGACGAGGAGGACGAUGAAGAGGAGGAAGACGAUGAUGCCACCGAAGAUAUCGUGGAUGAGGAGGAGGAGGAGGAGGAUGAAGAGGAGGAGGAGGGGGAGGAGGUAGAGCACGGAGACUAUGCGUCACCGGCAACGGCGGCAACACCGACGGCGAUGGGAACAACGGCAUCGACAAUCAUCGAAAGUACGACAGGUGCCAUGGAUACGAGCAGCAGUACCACCGGCAGCAGUAUGGUACGGGGACAGUUCAUGGCAAUCGGCAACGCGUGUGACGACAAUGGUACGGAACCGUUGGACGACUUUGCGGAGGAGUUGUCGAGCCUGACAGGGACCUCGAACGUGGCGCUGACACCGUCGUCAGUCACCAAACAUCAGAUCUCAACGGGAGCAGGCAAACGUAUGGGUAGUGUGAGCAGUUUGCUGGAGAAGCGUAAACGAUCCCUAGCGCACAAUUCGGAUGACGAGGUUCGCUAUCUGCUGGAGCAGCAACAACAACAACCGACCCAGCAGCAGCAGCAGCAACAACAGCAAACCCAUCAUCAUCCACUCUCACAUCAAUAUCAUCACCACCAACAUCAUCAUCAUCAUCAUCACCAUUCGAUGCGUCAACAGCACCACCACCAAGAGCAGCAGCUACACCAUCAGGACGAGCUGCUGCAGGCGGAAGAGACACCGCUCUCGGCACCGGUCAAUUUCCGCACCUCACCACCUCUAGAAGCUUUAAAACCACACCGUGGCCAUAUAAUGCAACGCUCGACGACACCGCUGGUACUGAGCGAGGGAACCGGUACCGCUCCCACCGGUACCAACGGUCUCCUACCGACCACCGGAUCCUCACUGCUGUCACCGGCGGCUUCCUCUCUUUCGUCGCUGAGCGGCACCGGUAUUAGCGGGUUCUACGGUACCGGCAGCAACAGUAGCGGCGUUAAUGGUGGUAGUGCCGGUGGCCUUCGAUUCGGUCUCGUCCGACGCCCCAUUGGCUGUGAUAGUCCUUUGACUGCUGUGUGCCACCGCAACAGCACCAAUCCGCCACCAUACGGCGGUGGCACCAGCAGCCUUGGGUCCGGUCUUAGUACAACAACGCGAACAUCAUCAUCAUCCACGCCAUCAUCACUGUCGUCGGCACCAGCCUCGCUGGUACGGCUCGGUGCAAGCACGGGUAGCCCCGAACCGAGUGGUGGCGGUGGCGGCGGCGGCGGUGGCACGACAACCCUAGUAACGAAUAUGGACAUCAGCCGGUCCGUUAGUCCACCGGCGAAGAUGUUCCACUGUGCCGUGUCACCACGCCGACGCCAGUCUCGCCAUCAGCAGCAAAGGCUGCAGCGUCCCCAUAGGCCAUGCUUAGAUUUCGAUAAAAUGCAACAGCUUAAGGCACGUUCCGUGACCACCUGGCGGCAUAGCAACGAGCAUUCGGGCGAGCUGUCCGUCUUCUGCUGGUGA